AAAAUUCUCAUCUUGAGAACGAUUUGGUACAAGUUCGAGAAUUAUUGUCCGAGUUAUCCGUUACUAUAAAAAGCGUGGGAGAGCUGGCUUCACUCCACUUGGAUGAGUUAGACGAAGCAAAACGAUUUGAGAAGUACCAAAAACUUAUCGAAAUUCGCAACAAUAUUGAAGGCUGCGAGGAUCUGUCCAAAGUGCGAGAGAGGGAGCUUCUCUAUGAGUGCAGCUUAACUGAAAUUGACCCGGACUACUUUCAAGCAAUAAGAGACGUCCGUGUGUACUUGUUUAACGAUAUUUUGAUUAUUGUACGAACAGUUUUAAGGAAGGGCGAAGAAAGUAAGAAAUAUGUUUUCUUGUACAAAUGGGACAUAAGCAGUGUGAUAGUGGUGGAUAUAAAUAAAAACAACAAAAGGGCUGAAGAAAUGCAAAACUCUUUUAAAUUUAUGCAUCCGAUAAUGGUUACUUACCAGGCAAAGAGUCUGCUGGAAAAAAUGGAUCUACUUCGUCUUAUUCAGCAACAGCAGGAAAGAAUCAAAAAAUUACAAGAGGAAAAAGAAAAACAAGCUUUGGAGUACAAGUGCCAGCAGCAAUGCCUUGAAAAAGGGGAUCAGGAAGGCUCUGCGGAAUCUGACCUCCUAGGAGAGAGAAGCAGCGGCUUCUGUUUAAGCGAAGAGAAUUGGUGGUUACUGGAGGUUCUUGACGAUAUUGACGUGGCUAUCGCCUAUCGCCAGUUCGAAGAAGCAGUGGAUCUCAUUUUAAAAGCCCAAAAGGAAAUAGCGACAUCCAGACUAAAAACAACCAAGUUUUUUGUUGACCUCAGCAAAGGACUUGAGCAGCGGCUUCACGAUUUUACGGACUCCUUAAUAAAAGAAAUGAAAAAUAGUUUGCUUACCCACGCUAAUCCAGGACGCUUUGCUCUUUUAUGUAUUCGACUUGGAAAAAUAAAAAAAUCAAGAGCGAUGUAUUUAAAAAAAAAGAGUAUUGCUCUUCGAAAAGAACUUAAAAACUUCAAAGCUUGUGGUACUAUUGAGGAAUACAUUAAGAAGCUAUCUUGUUCCUUUUUUAGCACAAUAUACAGCUUUACUUCAGAAUUUCUUACUAUCUUCGACACGAAAGCAUGUCGUUCAGCGUUUAUUAUUUGGCUUUCCUCUGAGAUGCGCCACUUUGCCCUUUUAUUUCUGCGCUCUGCUUUGGAAAGUGGAGGACUUGACUCAGUUGCGAAGUGUGUAUACGUGGUUAAAGAAAACUCCAAGUUGCUGGGAAAGGCUGGGAUCGAUGUAUAUCAUAUAAUUGGCGAACACAUUCAAGCAGGGAUCAUCAAUUCUCUAAAGCAAGCUGCCUCACAGGUUUUAAUGAACACUGAAGGAAUAUUAUUUAAUGCCUCUAGGACCACCACUUUCCAUUCCCAUGGGUUAGGUUUCAUUGGCUCUGCUGAUUUUUUAAAUGAAAGCAAAAGUGUUCAAUUACAUUCGGCAACAGCAAAUUUUUGCCGAAGUGCUGAUUCCUUUAUUCGUUGUUCUAUAAAUUUGCUCGAACACUCUUCUUCGGCUCUCCUUCCCCCCUUCUUUGAAAUUCUGGAAGAAGUUUUUUUAACUUAUGCAAGAAUUUUACAAACUUUUUCUAUUGAUUUAGUUGAAGAUAAAAAUUAUCUUGUCAACGAGUUUGUUCCUCAUUGCUCUCGCUUGCUGAAGAGGUACCCUCAGUCUAAACUUUCCUUAAGGAAGCUGCAAAAAACUUUAGCUUCUAUACUAACGGACUAA